AACACGGAUUAUGCCAUGGAGCACGGCACCACUUGGAACUUCCAGGCCGAGAAGCUUCUGGAGGAAGAGGAGAAGCGCCUGCAAAAAGACAGAGAGGAUGAAGAGCUGAACAACCCAAUGAAGGUUUUGGAGAACAGGACCAAAGACUCCAAGCUCGAGAUGGAAGUCCUGGAGAACCUGCAGAAGCUGAAGGAGCUGAACCAGUGCCAGGCCCACGUGGACUUAGAGUCCAUGCUGCAGCAGUACCAAGCGUACGAGGAGCAGCAGAGGCCGCGGGAGCUGGAGGAGGACGAGCAGGAGACCAAAGCUAUGCUAGAACAAGCCCAGAGCAGGAAGUUGCUGCAAGACUCCGAUUCAGAUGAGGACUCUCUUCCUGGUCCUACUAAGUCGUUUGCAAAAGCAAAGCCUACAGACAUCCUGCGAGAGGACUCAGAGACGCAAGCAAAAAAGAUGAAGGUGGAAAGCUGGGAGAGGAGUGUCGGGAAACUCUCCAACAAGGCCAAACUCUCCGGGCUGGUGAUGGCCAAGAGGAAGCCGAAUUUGAGCUUGGCAAAUGGGGCGGACAGUUGGAACAUGCCGCCGGGCCCAGGUGCCGGGAGUGCAGACAAGACCUCUGUGGAUACCUCUCUGGCUUCCCGUUCAAAGGCGGGCGCCUCUUCCCUCAGCCUCCUGGGAGCAUAUUCAGACAGCGAGGACAGUAAAAGUGACUGGUUGAGGGAGUGA